AUGCGCUCAUUGGUGGCUCUCGUGUACAUGGCUUCGGUUAUUUUGAGUGUUUUCACUGAGGAGAUUGAAAAUGAUAAAUCGUCACCGAACAAGAGAUAUUAUUCAUCGUUCGCGAAACGUUAUUAUGGGCCGUCGAGAUUUGCAUUCGCCAAGAGAUUUGAUUCCGAUAUUGAGGAUAAUAAUGAACUGGAGAAAAGAGCGAUGAGAUUUGCGUUCGCGAAGCGAUUUGCAUUCUUGGGACAUGCGCCUCUUUCGUAUAAUGCAUUUGCAUAA